CCGCGUGGAACUGUCAGUGUGGACUGAAUCGUCGCACGGAACGACCGCGAACCCGCGAACCGCGCGCCUUCACUCCGUGUGAAAUAAAUCGCGUUCUCAAUUUGAAAACAAACAGUAUUCUUUUUUUUAAUUUACAUAGAUAACAAGUCACCUCACUAUUUUUUCAAAUUGAACGAUAUGAGAAAAGCAAAGAACAUUUUACGAAAACGUGUUCCGUCGAAAUUGGUUAGCAGUAGCAGAGAUAGUUGGCCUUAAGUGAUGUACAAAGGACUCGGUCACAAUGCUGGCGGACAAUGACGCUCCCGACUACUCUGCCCCAAAUGGAACGUAUAAUUUCUUUUUCGAAGAUCCUCGCUUCAUUUCAAUAUUAAAACAUAGAGCUUCGAAUCACACGAGCAGUAUUGGCGACGUGAUCAAGGUUUUGGAAGACUGGCGCAGCAAAUAUAAUAUAUCGGUAGUGAAAGAAUGUGAGAGAUCUGAUUACUGUUCCGGAGAUUUGAGGGAUUUGAUUCUCGCGUAUAAUAGUAUACAUGGAUAUGUUAGUUUGUUGGUUUGCCUGUUCGGCAGUCUAGCGAACGCUUUGAACGUAGCGGUGCUGACGCGGCGCGACCUUGCCGUGACCCCCAUCAACCGGCUGCUGAAGUGGCUCGCAGUGGCUGACGUCUUCGUGAUGUUGGAGUACGUGCCCUUCGCGAUCUACAGGUACCUGCUGUUCCCGGGGCAGGAGGAGCGGCCGUACUCCUGGGCGGUGUACAUGCUGUUCCACAUGCACUUCACGCAGAUCCUGCACACCGCCUCUAUAUUGCUCACGUUGUCACUGGCUGUCUGGCGCUACCUCGCCAUCAAGUAUCCUACAUACAGCCCAGCGCUGUGUACAGAUCGUCGAUGUACGAUAGCUAUACUGCUCAGCUUCACUUUGCCGCCUAUUCUCUGUAUACCUUCGUAUUUUGUAUUCACAAUACACAAAGACUUCGCGUUCGAUAAAAGCGGGAACAUGCUCACCAAAGUCUACUUCGUCGAUUCGAAUUACAACGGGAGCCUUUACCAGAUAAACUUCUGGGUCCACGCAGUGCUCAUUAAACUGCUACCUUGUGUGAUACUAACGGUUAUCAGUGCUUGGCUGAUAAGAGCGUUGUAUAGAGCGAAUAAUAGGAAGAAGGCGCUUAAGGGGUACAGCGCUUGUCCAGCCAGUACCGUUGUCAAUGGCAACGGGAAUGUUUUCACGAGGAAGUCGACGAAGCGAUCGAAAGCUGAGCGACGGACGGACAGGACAACCAAGAUGCUGGUCGCUGUGUUACUACUCUUCUUACUGACCGAGUUUCCACAAGGAAUUCUAGGUCUUUUAAGCGGGAUCCUUGGCAGAUGCUUCUUCAAGCAGUGUUACGACCUCUUUGGAGAGCUGAUGGACAUUCUAGCUCUUCUAAAUGGAGCUAUCAACUUCGUACUCUACUGCUCCAUGUCCCGCCAGUUCAGAACAACCUUCGGCCAAAUGAUAAGGAACCGGUGUGCGACCGCCCAAAGGGCUAACUCUCAUACAGAACUACAGACUACUUACGUAUAGAAAAGGUGACGCAAGUUCUUGCUAUCGGCUAAGAACCGAAACGGAGAUUUAAGUGAGUUGUGACUCAAGUGUUUAAGUGAAACUGACAAUUCUGGUGUCGUACCAAAGUGUAGUUUAAGAAAAAAAUGUUGUAAUGUUUGUUAGUUAUUAGUGUUUGUAAGUAGUUUAAGCGAUUUUCAAAGCUCGAAUGAUUUCGUUUGGAGAUCUCGUUGCUGUAAAGAUUGUUGUAAAAAUAUUUUGUCUGUCUAUGUAACUCUAGUAUCUGUUGCAAAAGUUAAGCUCUUAAGAAAUACGCAAAUAUUAAAUAAAAUCUUUUAAACUAU